AUGGCUCCUACUAGUUUCCCUCCCAAACUCAGUGUCCUUGAGAAGCUGGACCUGGUCCCAGCAAACCUCUCCCUGAUCGCCAGUGCAAUCUAUGCAGCGAUUACUGGCCUAGUUCGUGGUCAGAGCGGCCACAGGUAUUACCGCAAGCAUAUCAACCACGCUGUUAUACGGAGGGCGAUUAGUCGGUUCUCAACACGGCAGAGUCAAGCACUUAACCCUGCGACAAAUCAAGCGUACGAAAAUUUUGCUAAGGCGAAAGGGUUCACGCCGCAAACUGUUGCUCUUGACCAUGAGGCGGAGGGCCAUUGGAUCGGCAAUAAAGAUGCAAAGAAUGUACUAGUUUACUACCAUGGAGGCGGUUUUGCAUCUCCCGCAAAUCCCGGAUUUUUCCAGUUCCAAUCCAACAUCCUGGACAAACUGACUGCAGCGGGAAAAGACAUCGCCAUCUUCUUAGUCACAUACACCCUGACCCCGCACGCUGUCUAUCCCACCCAACUACGACAAGCUGUUGGCGCACUCCGCUACAUAGUCGAAAAGACCGGUCGUAGCCCUGCAAAUGUCUUUAUCGCUGGCGACUCAGCUGGCGGCAAUCUCACCCUAGGCAUCCUUUCCCAUCUCUCCCACCCACACAAGGCGAUUGAACCGCUGGAGCUUUCGGAGCCGCUGGCUGGCGCUGUGCCGAUUUCGCCGUGGGUCUCGUUUUCUCUGAAUUAUGCCUCUGUCAAGGAGAAUCAGAAUAAGGAUAUCCUUGAGAUCUCGGUGCUGGAGAGAUGGUCGUCUUAUUACAUUGCUGAGUCGGAGUCGGAUAAUUAUCUGGAACCGCUUCGAGCGCCGUCGGAUUGGUGGAAGGACCUUAAGGUCAGGGAUAUGUUGAUUUUGACUGGUUCGGAUGAUUUGUUCCGUUCCCCUGUCGAGGAGUUCGCCGAGAAGCUAAAGUCUGUAUUCCCAAACACGACGUUCGUGGUGGGCAAGGAUGAAUGUCACGAUGCACCCAUCGUAGCUCUGAUGUUAGGUGAUCAAACCGAAACAGAACAAGGAAAGGCGUACUUCUCGUUUUUCUCGUCGAGACUUUGA